ACCUUCAACACCACCAACAUCACCAGGCUCUGCCCCGACGCCCGAUGUCUCUUCGCCUUCUACGGCGGCGAAACCUCCUACCACAAGUACCAGGUCGUGCUCCAGUUCUUCAACCUCUUCAUGUUCUUCUGGUUGGCCAACUUUGUCAUCGCCCUGGGCCAGGUGACCUUGGCUGGGGCUUUUGCCUCCUAUUACUGGGCCUUCAAGAAACCCGAUGACAUUCCAGCCUUUCCCCUCUUCUCCGCCUUCAGCCGCGCGCUCCGGUACCACACGGGCUCCCUUGCCUUGGGCUCCCUGAUCCUCGCCGUCGUCCAGGUGAUCAGGGUCAUCCUGGAGUACCUGGACCACAAGCUGAAAGACGUAGAGAACAAGCUGACCAAGUUCAUCAUGUGUUGCCUUAAGUGCUGCUUCUGGUGCCUGGAAAAGUUCAUCAAGUUCCUCAACCGAAACGCCUACAUCAUGGUGUUCCCAUCUCCAGGAAUCCUGGCCUUCUUCUUCUUCACCCGCCGGAUCAAACUGGUGGAGGACACGGCGCCCACGCUCAAUUAUUACUGGGUUCCCAUCCUGACAGUGAUUGUGGGUUCCUACUUCAUUGCCCACGGGUUCCUCAGUGUCUAUGGGAUGUGUGUGGACACCCUGUUCCUCUGCUUCUUGGAGGACCUGGAGCGCAACGACGGCUCAGCUGAGAAACCUUAUUUCAUGUCCCCCGACCUGAAGAAGCUCCUGAAGAAGAAGAACAAAGACCAGCAGGACACCUAG